AUGGCUUCUUCCACGCUCUCCCCUUCAGAGAAAUGGUCGCUGCUUGUGGCCACCGGAGCUUCUCUGGCUGUGAUUGCCAACACCUUCCAGGGAGAUGGAGCCCCUCUUGUGGCAUCCCUCGCGUUCUCAACCCUGGCUUUCUCCAUGACUUAUGCUUUUGUGAGAUGGUCGGGCCCAGCUUUUGUCAAGGCUGGACUGAAAGGGAGAGACAUGAGCAAGAUCAUGCCCAAAGAGAUUCCUGAGGCCAUGGGGGCAGUGGCUGCGGCGGUCUACAUAUUGGCUCUGAUGGCCUUCAUUCCUUUCGCCUUCUACAAGGACAUCGUUGCUGCUACGUCCGGUGGAGGAAACCGGGAUGUCGUUCUCACAGUCACUGAGGUCGAGACUGGACGCUUUUUGCACCGAUUUCCUCACUCGAAACUGUCCUCGUAUCAAUCGGCUCUGAACACGUUGCAAGCCACGACUAUACUAGGGAUAUGCGACGACUUGCUCGACCUACGCUGGAGACACAAGUUCUUCAUCCCCGCGGUGGCAUCGCUACCCCUGCUGAUUGUUUACUACGUCGACUUUGGCGUCACUUCGGUGGUGGUUCCCAAUUUCCUUGUCCCUUACAUGCCUAACCAAGCUCGUCUCAUCGACCUGUCACUCUUCUACUACCUGUACAUGUCGGCACUGUCAAUAUUUGCCCCAAACUCGAUCAACAUCCUGGCAGGGGUUAAUGGGAUCGAAGUUGGACAGUCACUGGUGAUUGCGGGACUCUUGGUGCUCAAUUCAGCACUCUAUCUGGUCCCUUUCCCUGGGAAUCCGGUCUUGAACCACGCCUAUGCCACGCGCCCACAUCCUGCCACCGAUGGACAUCUCAUGACGCUGUAUAUCCUAUUGCCAUUCUUGGCCGUGUCGACAGCCCUUUACAUCCACAACCGAUACCCAGCUAGAGUCUUCGUUGGGGACACAUAUUGCUACGUCGCGGGCAUGACAUUUGCGGUGGUGGCCAUCAUGGCGCAUUUCAGCAAGACACUCCUUCUGCUUCUGAUUCCACAGAUUGCCAACUUCCUCUACAGUACUCCACAGCUAUUCCACCUGAUCCCGUGUCCUCGACAUCGGCUACCCAAGUUUAACGCAAGAACAGGCCUCCUCGAGCCCAGUGUGACACCAUGGCCACCGGAGAGGCCCCCCAGCAAGCUCCUCACGGCGGUAUUCUUCUUCCUCGAAAAGUUACACCUGAUUCAAGUGACGGUGGAUUCCAAGACGAACCGCAUCUCUAGCACAUCGAAUCUGACCAUUAUCAAUUUGUGGCUGGUAUGGAGGGGUCCUAUGAGAGAAGACCAGCUCACAAGGGAGUUGCUGGUCUUGCAGACGUGCUGUGGCCUCUUGGGGCUGUUUGUGCGGCACACGAUGGCGUUGAUAAUAUUCGGCAUGGAUAAUCGGGGGCUGGGGUCUGCGGUGUAG